AUGCAUAGCGACAGUGGAGAGGAAAAACUCACCUGUAAGAGGAAGAAACCUUCAGCAACGACCAGCUGUAGGUUUGAGAGGACAGAGUCACCCUUUUUCUUCUCUUAUUUCCCAGGAGUGAAGAGAGGAGUGUGUUCUCAGAUUAAUCAUUUCCCAGAGGACGCGGACUUUGACCAUGAUGGAGCAGAGUAUGUCCUACGAGUAGUCAGGGCUUCCAACAUCUUCCCAAUCCUUAGUGCCAUCCUGCUGCUGAUGGGUGGGGUUUGCAUCGCUGCUAGUCGUUUCUAUAAAAGCAAAAGGAACAUCAUCCUUGGGGCAGGAAUCCUGUUUGUAGCUGCAGGUCUGAGUAACAUAAUUGGUGUGAUCGUCUACAUUUCGGCUGCACUAGGAGACAUCUCGCCUAAGAAAGAUGAAGACAAAAAAUGGCAGUAUUCCUACGGAUGGUCCUUUUACUUUGGAGGCUUAUCCUUCAUCAUGGCCGAGAUGGUUGGGGUGCUGGCCGUCAACAUCUACAUCGAGAAAAACAAAGAGCUCCGCUGCCGCUCUCGCACCGACAUCUUUAAAAGCACGACACACGCCAUGCUGCGCCUGCCCAGCUACCGCUUCCGCCGUCGCUCGCGCUCCUCGUCACGCUCCACCGACCCGUCCCGUUCCCGAGACCCUUCGCCCGUCGGGGGAGGUGGAGGGAAGAACUUCGGCCUGCCUCCCGCCGCGCUGCUCUCCCAGGGGCCCAUCUCAGUUUCCACUCUGCCCAACCCGCACUCCCGUUCGCACACGGCCCUGGCUGGAGGAGACAUCUCCCUCUACACGCUGUCUCGCGACCCCAAACUGGCGGGUCUGCCGCCCAUGUACGGCACCGUGGACAGGGCCACACUCUACCAGCUCCACAACUGCUUUCCGAAAGAUGGGGGCGGAGGAGGGGGAGUCAUGAUGAGCGGCACGCUGCCCUCACUCAAGACACAUAACCCUUCUAACACUUCCAACUCCAACGCACCGAUGGCUAACUCUGUGGCUCCUCCGCCGUUCACGUCGUCCACAGUAGACAGGGAGCGAGGGAUGGGGACUCUGGACAGACUGAAGGGAGACAGGGAGAGCAACUCUAACACCCUUAAUAGGAAGACAACGCCUGUGUAGAGGAGGGAGGUAAGAAGAAGAAGAAAGGUGAUGGGAUAGUGAAAGAGGGAACAUAAAAAAAUAGGACAGCAGAUAACUCUCCUCCUUGUUCACUGUUAUUUAGUCGACUCAAUCUCACUGAGAACAAAAAAAGAAGAGUAAUAACAGAACGAUAAUAACAACAACAAUGAACUUUCACAAAAUAAACUAUUUUGAUAUUUCGAUGUGCUAGAAAUGAUUUAUUUUGUUAAUGAUCAAAUGCAAUUAACCUUGGGCUACUAUGAAAACACUUCACCUAAUUUCUGUGCAAGAGUAUCGCUAAUUUAACCGGAGCAUCAUUAAUGUAAAUUGUUGUUGUGAUUAUUCUCGGUGUUAUUACAGGCUAGUUGUAUUUGCAAACACUAGUUUGGAAUGAAACAAUGAUUUUCAUGGUGUUGUAUUCUUUUGCGUUAAGUUUCUUUUUUUUUUUUUUUUUUUUUUAGAUCUUUAUGACUUUUACUGUGAAUCCAUGCAGAGCCACUGAGAGCUGACAGUGAGCUGUGUGUAGCCGUGUGUUAAAGAAUGAGUGUGCACAAAUUGUUGGCGAACGAGAGCCUGUUUUAUUUUUUUAACUCCCAUAAUGUAGAGUGUUCCUUUAUAAAAAAAAAAGAAGAAGUCAGAUGUGAAUACUGUAAAUUGUCUUCCAAUACUGAUGCUAAAAGAAAUGCAACAAUAAUAUGAGCAACUGAGGCAGCCAACAAUUUCCAUUGUUAGUGCAGGUUUGGGUUUUCUAUGGGGCUCUGUUUGUCUUAUUUCCAUUCUAAUCAGUGUUAGCAGUUAGUACUUGUAGCUUUAUUGUGUUGAAGAUGUUUGUUCUUGGGCAUUAAUGGAAACCUCUGUUGGAGGGGAUAAAAAAAAGAAGAAGAAAGAAGCAAAAUAACGUAUGUACAGAAUCAGGUAAAGAUUGCUUCCUGAAAAGAGAGAGAGAGAAAAAAAAUCCACCAUUUUUUGUAUUAAAAAAAGCCCUAACGUGACCCAUGCAAAUAAUCAUUUUCAGUCACAGAACAAAACACAUCUAUGUGGGUUAAAAGGGUUUAAACAAAGAGGAAACUUUGGGGGGGAAACGACAUGUACAUUGUAAUUUAUGCAUAUUUGUAAACUCUAUAGAUACCUUCUUUUGGGACCACAGCUCAAGCAUUUGGAAAAAGCAGGUUCAGAUUGACGGACGCCUGUCGGCUGAGUUCCCAUCAGACUUGAAACCUAAAGCCAAUCCAUAUCUGGUCAGUUGUUUUUUUUUGUUGUUGUUGUUUUUCUUUACCUUAUCACAUCUCUGACAAUAGUCUUCUCACAGAGAUAAACUCCCAAACCUCCCCAAAGAGUCUUUUCACUGUGCUUCCCAUGAAACUGCCGACACCCGAGUGAGAGCUGUUGAUGCUGAUGAGAAUGUAAACACAUAUGAACUCCCCCACCGUCCCACCGCUCUGCUAAACUGUCCCAAGCGACUGCAGAUCCAGGUGGAAACCUGGGAUUCACCUGCUACAUGACGAAAUGAAGAAUCUAAAUAAUAACCAGAUGCUUCCAGAUUCUAUAUGUUUUUAAUUUGUUUGAUUUUGUUUCAGAAAAAAAA